AUGGUGAAAUGGGCUAAGUCUAGUAAUGUUAAUGAGGUACGGAAUUUCUUACGUCUUGCUGGUUACUACAGAAGAUUUGUAGAAGGGUUUUCAAGUAUUGCAGCACCGAUGACAAAGUUGACAAGAAAGAAUGAGAAGUUUUUAUGGACAGAUGAGUGUGAGAAGAGCUUUCAAGAAUUAAAGAAAACACUAGUGACUGCACCAGUACUUACAAUUCCCUCAAGAGAUGGAGGAUUUGUCAUAUAUAGUGACUCUUCACUUAAGAGAUUGGGUUGUGUUUUAAUACGACAUAGGAAAGUCAUUGCAUAUGCCUCCCGACAACUGAGAAAUUAUGAGCAGAGUUACCUGACCCAUGAUCUGGAACUUGCAGCUGUGAAAGAGUUGAAUAUGAGACAACACAGAUGGUUUGAACUCCUGAAGGACUAUGAUUGCAAUAUUAAUUACCAUCCAGGUAAGGCAAAUGUUGUAACAAAUGCGCCAAGUGGGAAAUUGCCUUCCGAUACACUGGCUACAAUGUAUACAUCCCAAAAACACAUAUUGUUGGAUAUGGAGCGAGCAGGUAUUGAGGUGAUCAGGGAUACCCAAGCUAAAUUAAGUAGUUUGACCUUAGGAUCAACAUUGACAGCUCGGAUUAAUGUCGCUCAAGCUGGUUAUACAGAAGUGAUGAAGUUAAAGGUGGAGGUAUCAGAAGGCAAGAGACCUGACUACUCAGUAUCAAAUGAUGGCACCCUGAGGUUUAGAAGAAGAUUAUGUGUACCUAAUGACAGAGAGAUUAGAGAUUUGAUUUUGAGAGAAGCCCAUCGCUCACUGUAUACGUUUCACCCAGGGAGUAUUAAGAUGUAUCAAGAUUUGAAACAACACUUUUGGCGGAAUGGGUUUCCUAGGGCACCAGGAACUCAAGAUGCAGUGUGGGUGAUUGUUGAUCGAUUGUCAAAAUCAGCUCACUUUAUUCCCAUUCAAAUGGCAUACUUCAUUGAUAGAUUGGCAGAGUUGUAUGUGAAAGAGAUUGUCAGACUACAUGGGGUACCAUCUAAGAUUGUCUCUGACAGAGAUACACAAAGAAUAGGAGUUGCAGCGUACAAGUUGACACUUCCACCUCAAUUAUCGGCAAUUCAUAAUGUGUUCCAUGUUUCUAUGCUUCGGAAGUAUGCCCCAGACCCCACUCAUGUGUUGGAGCACGAGCCUCUUCAGAUUCAAGAUGAUCUUAUUUAUGAAGAAUUUCCAAUGGGAAUAUUGAUACAAAAUGAUCAAGUCCUACAUAACAAAACUAUCAAAAUGGUGAAGCGCCUGAGCUUUGUAAUUUCUCUCAGGAUUGGAGGUUCUCAGGCAACCAAUGAGUUUGCCGACUGA